CCCAUCCCCGCCGGGCGCGGGGGCCGCGGCGGCCGGGCCGGAGCCCCGGGCGGUAUUUAAGCGGGCGGGCGCGGAGCGGCGCGCAGCCGCUGGGGCUGGCGGUGCGGCGGGAGGAUGCAGACCUUCGAGCCGCCGCCCCACGCCCAGGAGCUGCUGGACGUGGCGGUCUGUCCCGGCAUCUACCCGGGCCGGUCCCAGCCCCCGCCCGCCGCUAAUCCCUACCUGUGGCUCGGCGGCCCCGCCGCCCCUUUCUUGCCCGCCGCCCCCUUCCUCCCGCCGGGCUGCGCCUCCGCGCAGAGGCCGUCGCCGGGCUCCGCGGGUGCGGAGCGUGGCUGGGCGGUGCUUCCCCCGCAGCAGGAGUGUCUGCGCCCGGCGAGGCCGCCCUAUUCCUACUCGGCGCUGAUCGCCAUGGCCAUCCACAGCGCGCCGGGCCGGCGGCGGACCCUCAGCCAGAUCUACCAGUACGUGGCCGAGAACUUCCCCUUCUACAAGAAAAGCAAAGCGGGUUGGCAGAACUCCAUCCGCCACAACCUCUCCCUCAACGACUGCUUCAAGAAAGUCCCACGGGACGAGGACGACCCGGGCAAAGGCAACUACUGGACCCUCGACCCCAACUGCGAGAAAAUGUUCGAUAACGGCAAUUUUAGGAGGAGGAGGAAGAGACGGGCCGAGGCCGGUGCGCCCGAAGGGGCCGGGGGGAGCGGCGGGGACCCGCGGGGGUCCUGCCCCGCUGGUCCCUUCUACGGCCGUGCCGGAGCGCAGGCGUGACAGGGGCUCCCCGGGCGCACCGAGAUGCACUAAUGCACGAGAGAGUUGGCAUUCAAACUGUAAAAAGCUGCCUUUGGACUGUGAAAUUAAUUCUCCAAGAAGUGGGCACAUGCUUUUAAAUAGGAAGGAUGGAGGAAUUCUUGCCCUGGCAGUUCCAGAUGACCCUUCCCGAGACACAGCGAGGACACCGACCUCAGAGCUGGGAAACAAAUAACAUCCCCCAGCUUCAGGACACAAGGUGGAUCCAACCAUAGGGGCCAAGCUCCAUAUUUUCAGCUUGGACUAUUUGUCCGGAGAGAAACUACACCAUUCCAGGACUCUGAAAAUGCAGCAGAACACAAGGAGGAGAACUCCAAGUGGCUGCAGGUGCUUCAGGCUUCCCCAGCGAGGUUGUCAUCAGCAGCUCAGCUGGGUCCUGCCUUGGCGAAGUCCAUGGGUAACCCAGUGAAAGGACCACACCGCAUUGCCAGAACUCUUCUUCAGGGACUAUUUAAGAUGGUAAUUCAAUGUGUACAUGGAGGCCACCAUUUGUAUUUCUUUGUGCUUCUGUUGUACUCUGAUUCUAUUUUUGUGUAUUGGAGAGAAAAGGAGAAUUUUUUUAAAAUAAAUCAAUCUAAUUGGA